AUGACUAAUCCAUACAUUCAAAUAUAUUCAAAUCAAGCAGGCAGAGGUCUUGCAGCUUUCCAAGGAGUUAGAUAUCAAAGAGGUCAUGGUUUUUUUGGUAGGCUAAUUGGACCAAUAUUUAACUUUUUAAAAUCAUUAGCUCCAAGUGUUGCUAAAUCUGUUUUACCCCAUGCAGUUGGCCUAGCUACUGAUGUCGUGUCCGGACAAAAUGUCAAGGAAUCUGCCUUAAGACAUUUAAGAGCAGGAGCUAAAAGUGCCGCCAAUACUACCCUUGAUGAAUUAAAGACUAAAUUACAAGGAGGCAGAGGACGUAGACGAAAAAAGAAAGUUAAUAAUAGAAAUAAAAAACUUCCUCCUAUACAGUUAACUAUAGACAAAACAUUUAUUACUGAGCAUAGACCUAUUGUUCCCUUAGUUAAUUCCGUAAAUCMAAUUYAAUUUGCAGUUAAUUCAGCUAUAGAUGAAUAUAUUAGUCUUAAGGAUUCUUAUAUUUAUUUUAAAUUAAAAGUAAAUAUUAAUAAAAAAGCAGUUGGAGAUGUUACAGCUGCAGAGUKGAAAAAAAUACAGCCAGUUAAUAACUUAUUGCACUCAAUUUUUAAACAUAUUGAUUUAGAAAUAGAAGGAAAAUCUAUUGUUGAAGCCUAUCAAACAUAUGCAUAUAAAGCGUAUUUUGAAACAUUACUAGGUUUCACUGAUGUAGCUAAAAAAGGUUUUCUAGAUAGUGUAGGAUGGUUUGAUGAUAGUAAUGCUAAAGAUAAUAUUACAGAUAUUAUUGCAAAUUGGAUAAAACCAGAUACUGUAACAUCAGAUGGUAAAGGUAAAAGUAUUGUUAUGUGUGGCAAAUUACAUUUAGAUUUAGCCUUUCAGCCUAGAAAUUUACUAGGAGGUACCCGAUUUAUGUUAACAUUAUAUCCACAUUCUCCAAAUUUUUAUCUAUACAACAAAGACGAUAAUUUAACAGCUACAGUUGAUUUUGAGGAUAUUGCCUUAUAUGUCUCUAAAAGUAAAACCAAUCCACAAGUCGUUGAAGCCCACAAUUUAGUUUUGGGGACGCAUAAUAAUAGACAACCUAAUACCGCUAAAUAUCCUAUAAUGAGAGGCAAUGUAAAAUCAUUUUCAAUUAAUCAAGGAUUAUAUGAUUGUAUUAUAGAUAAUGCAAUAACCGGUCAGAUACCUAGAAGAAUAUUUGUAGCAUUAGUUGAUCAUGAAUCUUUUACUGGUAGCUUAAAAACUUAUCCUUAUAAAUUUGAAAAUUUUAAUUUAAAUUACAUCACCGCAAGUGUUGAUGGCGAACAAUAUCCAACAGUCGCAUACACACCAGAUUUUAAACAAAAAUUAUACGCGAGAGAAUUUUUGGGGUUGUACGAUACUUUAAAUCAAUUACAUACUGACCCGUCAUUUAUGCUAAGUUAUGAUGAAUACGGAAAUAAUAAUACAAUUUUCGCAUUUACAUUUGCCCCAGAUCAAACUGAUGAUGUAAAUAAAACUGGCUAUAUAAAUCCACAAAGAUAUGGAUCAGUUCGAUUACAUUUAAAAUUUUCAGAAGCAUUACCAAAAUCAAUAAACGUAAUUGUUUAUAGCGAGUAUGAUAAUAUGAUAGAAAUAGAUGCUACAAGACAAGUGAUCGUUGAUUAUAGUAAUUAA